ACCCUCUGUUUUGAUCGGAAGCCCUUGGGCUUUCGUGUUUUGAUGCUUGAGCCGUUGGGCUCCCCGGUUGCUCAAGCAUGGUGGAGCCCCUAUGCUUUGUGCUCCGAUGGCCCUCGAGGCCUGUCGGUUUUGUUGGCCCCUAUGGUGGCUUUUGCUUUUUCAGUUUCUUUUUCUGUUUUUGGGUGGGUUUGCUUGGUUGUUUUGCUGUUUCUUGGUUGUGUUUGUACAGAUCCGGCGGCCCUCCCCUCUUCUGGUUGAUCUGUGACGGCGCUCGUGGGAGUUCCAGAUUUGGCGUCCAUCGCGGCCGGCUGCUGCAUCCGGGUGAUCGCCGCCGCCGCUUGGUUUCCCGCCCCGACAUCCUGGAGCCUGGCGCAACUUCUCCAAGGGUAGAUUGAAGGGUGUCCUGUUUGGAUCGUUCGACCAAAGGCUAUGGUCUCACCGGGUCCUUAGUGGUUGUUCGAGUGUCAAGUGCACCUCCCUUCGGCCUCUGUGUAUGGGUUUGCUCUGAUCCUUUCGUUCCAGAUGUAAUUUUAUUGUUUAUUAUCUUUAUAAAUGCCGUUUGGCGGU